AUGACGGUGCUGCCGCUCCUCGUCCUCGGCCUCCUCAUGUUCCAGCUUGACCGCAUGAACCUCGCCAGCGCUCUCACAGCAGGGUUUGCCAGGGAUAUCGAUGUGGGCCAGGAUACCAUCAACUUGGGAAACCAGCUCAUGUUCAUGGGCACCGUCGUGCUGGAGAUUCCGUGCAAUCUCCUUCUACAAUGGUUCGGCCCACGGAAAUGGAUAUCCCUUCAAAUCUUGCUCUUCGGGCUUGUAGGCACUCUCCAGGUUCUUGUCAAGAACCGCGCGGGCUUCCUCGCCAUCCGACUGAUGCUCGGCCUCGCGGAGGCCGGCUACAUCCCUGGGUCAAUAUAUACACUCUCGACAUGGUACACGAAGAAGGAGCUGGCCAAGCGCGUCGCAAUCUUCAUGUUUGGGCAAUUCGGCGGUAACGGCCUGAGCCCAUUGCUCGCAUCAGGGAUACUGAAAUUGGACCGAAAGCUUGGGCUGACGGGAUGGCAAUGGCUUUUUCUGCUUGAGGGCCUUGCAACUCUCGUAGUAGCUCUAAUGUUCAUCUUCCUCCUCCCCGGCUCUCCCGACACCCCCAAACCGAUGGGCAGUCCCGGCAUCGUUCGUUUCUCAUCAACCGAGCAAGACAUCCUCCAAAAGCGCCUCGAUUCCGAUGGCGACGAAAAGAAGCGCGGCGUUAAUGGUAUCGAGAUCCCCUGGGCCCUUGUUUGGAAGACGGUCAGUCACUACAAACGUUGGCCACAUUACAUCUCCACCUUCUGUGUGUUCUCGACUUGGUCGCCAUUGACGACGUAUACCCCUUCGAUCAUCAUGGCACUCGGGUUCGAUCGCAUCAGCGCCAACGCCCUUGCGGCUGUGGGCGCCACUCUCGCCCUGGGUGUUGUGUUUGCAUUUGCAACUUUGAGUGACAGAACAAACAAGAGAGGAGGAGCAGUCCUGCUGGCUCAUGUCUGCUAUCUGACCAUCUUGGUGGUUGCGCGCAGCGUUCAUCCGCAUGUCGGUAAAUGGUCGAGGUGGGCAUUGUGGACGGCCAUCAACAGCUUUUCAGUGGCCUAUCACCCGACGCAUAACACCUGGGUACAGGUCAACUGCCGCGAGCCAGGCGAACGAAGCAUUGCAAUUGCUAUGUGGGUGAUGUCGGCCAUCAGCGGUCUGAUGGUCGGUUCACAGUUUUUCAGAGGCGGUGAUGCGCCGUUCUACGACAAAGGUCUGUUGACCAUGAUUAUUAUGGUUAGCGUCGGUAUGGCAUUUGCGCUGCUCCAGGAGCUGGUGUAUUUCAUACACAACAAACGGGUGGCGCAGGGAAAGCACAGGCCGAAAGAUGGAUCGAAGCCAUAUGUUUACGUCUUUUGA